UGCCAGGUGGAGCUUCCUCAGCUCCCGGCUUCAGGAUGAGCGGCCGACCGAGGACCACCUCCUUCGCCGAGGGCAACAAGCCGCCCGCGAAUCCGCCCCUCGGCGGCAUGAAAAUCAGCAGUGGUGCGAUGUACAAUGCAGGCAAGGAUGGCAGCAAGGUGACGACAGUAGUGGCUACACCUGGUUCUGGACCGGAUCUUCCACGAGAAGUUGCAUAUACCGAUACCAAGGUUAUUGGCAAUGGCAGUUUCGGCGUUGUAUAUCAAGCGAAACUCUUUGACACGGGAGAGAUGGUCGCCAUUAAGAAGGUCCUCCAAGACAAACGAUUUAAAAACAGAGAAUUACAAAUAAUGCGGCGCCUUGAGCACUGCAACAUCGUCAAACUAAAAUAUUUCUUCUACUCUUGUGGUGAUAAGAACAUCUUAAACGCAACUAAUCCAGUUUUUCAUGUGGACAAGGACGAGGUUUAUCUCAAUCUAGUCCUGGAAUAUAUACCCGAAACCGUGUACAAAGUUGCCCGACAUUAUAGCAAAAGCAAGCAGACGAUACCGAUCAGUUUUAUCAAGCUAUACAUGUAUCAACUGUUCCGUUCUCUGGCGUACAUCCAUUCCCUGGGCAUUUGUCACAGGGAUAUUAAGCCGCAGAAUUUACUUUUGGAUCCUGAAACUGGUGUUCUCAAGCUUUGUGAUUUUGGUUCAGCCAAGCAUCUUGUCAAAGGGGAACCUAACGUGUCUUACAUAUGCAGUCGCUAUUAUCGUGCGCCUGAACUCAUCUUUGGUGCUAUUGACUACACUACAAAGAUCGACGUGUGGAGCGCAGGUUGCGUUCUGGCAGAGCUUCUGCUUGGUCAACCGAUAUUCCCCGGUGACAGCGGUGUAGAUCAACUUGUUGAAAUUAUCAAAGUACUUGGUACACCAACGCGUGAUCAAAUACGUGAGAUGAACCCUAACUAUACCGAAUUCAAAUUUCCACAAAUAAAAUCGCAUCCAUGGCAAAAGGUAAUUUUUCUAUUAACAUAUUGAUCCAGAUUUGGUACG